UUCGAAUUUGUCGGAGUUUGGUCCGAAUCCAAAGUCGCGCAGUUUUUCUUUUUAUAGUUUACUGCUGAGACCAUAGCCUGCAGCUCUUCGAAUUAAAAAAAAACUACAAUUUUUUACAAAUAUACACAAUGAAUCUGAGAUUGGUGGCAAUUGUAAUUGGAGUCUUAGUGUUGUCAAGUGAUUUGUGUGAAGCUAGAAGAGGUCGAACAAGAGGAAGGACUAAAUCAAGAGUGCAAAUUGGAUUACCUAUAACUGGCAAAUACAGGGAUCCUGAAUCGGAUCAGUACUACAACAAUAAUAAUGGAGCGAAAAUUCUACAAGCAUCUCAUUUUGAUUAUGAAUACGUUUUGGGACAUAAAAUUGCUUUUCUGUGUGUAGCCAAAGGCAAUCCAAGACCACAUAUAACCUGGUACAAGGAUGGAACUGAAAUAUUUCAACAUCUUUACAUGCAUGUUCACGAAUGGCGAAUUGGAGAGGACAAAGUUAAGUCGAAAAUUGAAAUUGACCCAGCCACACAAAUGGACGCAGGUGUAUAUGAAUGCACAGCAGAUAAUAUGUAUUCGAUAGAUCGAAGGAGUUUUAAAACUGAUUUCUCUAUUGCAUUCGAUUAGUGAGUUUUAUUUUUGUUUGUUUUGCAUUUGAAUCAAUUAUUUUGUGUUUGUAAUAAAAUUGUGCCAUAGU